AUGGGAAGUAUCGAACAGGAUUCCGUGCAGAGCCCGCAUACACAGCCCUCGUCCAGCAGGGAGUCGGAAGCCCGGGAACAAAACCCCCAAGAGCAAAGUGAGGAGAAUAUUUCAGACCCAGUGUCAUUCUUGAACAUGAUGAAGAAACAUCUCGCCAUGCUAUUCUUGGAGACACGAGAGGAGUACCGAUUGCCACGCACCGUUGUACGUAGCAUCUUCGGGGACUUUCAAGUUUUCGUCCAGUUGCUGUUUGACUUUUUUCAGCGUCACUUGAAAACUGUUGCCGAACAGAACACGCCACAGGACGCGUACGAGAAACUCUUGAUGUUUCUCUCGAGUGAUGUGUUAGAUGUGCUGUGGACAACUAUAAAGAGCGACUACAUCUUCAUGAAGUAUGUUAAAGAAUCACUGCCAUACACAGAACCUCAGGAGAUUCGUCUGGAUGAAUCCGUCACUCCGUGCCGCUUGUUAUAUUAUAUGCCCAUAGGCAAAGUCUUGAUCAAUAUGCUUUCUGCAGAUGAUGCAGUUGAGAACACACUGGGCGCAAACUGUGAGCCAAGUAACUCGGGUGUCCUCUCUGAUAUUCUGGAUGGUGAUUAUGCAAGGCAGAGGGCCAUUCUCCGCAACAGUGAUGCUGAAACUAUAGUGCUUCUUUUGUACACAGACGAGUUGGAACUUGUCAAUACAUUAGGGUCUGCUGCAGGCACACACAAGAUUCUUGCUGCAUACUUUUCUGUGAUUAGUUUACACCCCAAAUACAGGUCACGACUAAACGCUAUUCAUCAGGUCAUGUUGGUGAAGUACGCUCAUGUAAAAUCUCUUGGAAUCGAAAGGGUGCUUGAUCCACUGAUCAAGGAAAUCUCACAUCUGCAGCAGCAUGGACUGCAAAUCACAGUUGACGGACGGACAAGAGUAGACAAGAUAUGCAUAUUGGGUAUUGUCGGUGACAACCUGUCACUUAAUCGAAUUGGUGGCUUCAGCAGUUCAUUUGGUAGUGGCCACUUUUGCAGGUUUUGUGUGACAGACUCAAAGUACAUAAACAAGGUGACUAGUGAACACAACUGUCAAAUACGUACGGCUUCUGUGCAUGAAGACCAUAUUGCUGCUGUUGAGGCUGACCACACCAAAUCCAGGCUUUAUGGAGUUGUCGCCAGGUCGCCUUUGCUGCACAUUCCUGAUUUUGAUGUCACACAACAGCUGCUACCGGACGCAAUGCAUGACAUUCUUGAAGGUGGCAUUGCUUUUGUUCUAAAACAUGUGUUGAUGUCACUGGCAGAUUCAGGAUUAAUCAGUGCGUCAAGUCUGAAGGUGAUAUCCACAUUUAAAUAUGGGAUUAAUGAUAAGAAAUCUAAGCCCGUUCCCCUGCCAGAUUCUUUCCUUAGAUCAAAUAGCCACAUCAAAGGAACCGCAAGCCAGAAGUGGUGUAUUCUUCGUAUCUUGCCUCAGAUGAUCAGCCACUUGGUACCUGAAGGACAUCCAGCAUGGGAAGUAUACCUGCUAUACAGGCACAUUGUUGACAUUAUUCUGGCAGACAAGGUUCCAGCAGAGUGCAUUCAAUACUUGCAAGUGAAAGUAGAUGUUUUUCUUCAAAAGUUUGCUGAUGUUUCCAAACCAGAAGUUAAUCCCAAAAAUGCAUUUCCUUGUCCACUAUCCCCGCUUUAUGUACUUGUAUGGGCCACCAAGAAGGUACUGGAGAAUGCGAUUUGA